CGGGGGCGGGCGCUUGGGCGGGCUCGGCGGCGGCCGCUGCUGGUGCUGCGCUGCUGCCGCUGAAGGAGACUCGAGGACGGGGCCCACCACGGUGCCGGUGCUGCCGCCGCCCCCCUGCCUCCCCGCUCCAUGCGCAAGAUGCUGCUGGCCGCGCUCUCCCGAGUGCUGCCCGGCCCGGCCGCCGCCGCCGCCGGCAGGACGGCCUCUCGAGUGAUGGUAGCAUCACGUAACUAUGCAGACUUUGCAAAUGAAGCUACAUUUGAAAUUAAGAAAUGUGACCUCCACCGCCUGGAAGAAGGCCCUAGUACCACGGCAGUGAUGACUCGAGAGGAGGGGCUCCAUUACUACAAGACGAUGCAGACCAUACGACGCAUGGAGCUGAAGUCUGACCAGCUGUACAAGCAGAAGAUUAUUCGUGGCUUCUGCCACUUAUAUGAUGGUCAGGAGGCUUGCUGCGUAGGGCUUGAAGUUGCCAUAAAGCCUACAGACCAUGUGAUCACAGCGUACAGAGCUCACGGUUUUACCUAUGCACGAGGUGUUCCCGUUCGAGAAAUUCUUGCUGAGCUUACAGGUCGAAAAGGAGGAUGUGUGAAGGGAAAAGGAGGAUCGAUGCACAUGUAUACAAAAAACUUCUACGGUGGUAAUGGUAUCGUUGGCGCUCAGGUUCCUCUUGGAGCUGGGAUUGCUCUGGCCUGUAAAUACUUUGGUAAAAACGAAGUCUGUCUGACUUUAUAUGGGGACGGUGCAGCCAAUCAGGGCCAGAUAUUUGAAACAUACAACAUGGCAGCCUUGUGGAAAUUGCCUUGUGUUUUUAUCUGUGAGAACAAUCGGUAUGGGAUGGGAACUUCAGUUGAAAGAGCUGCAGCCAGUACUGACUACUACAAAAGAGGAGACUUCAUUCCAGGGCUCAGGGUGGAUGGCAUGGAUGUUCUGUGUGUCCGAGAAGCAGCCAAGUUUGCAACUGAGCACUGCAGAGCUGGAAAAGGUCCUAUUGUGAUGGAGUUGCAGACAUACCGUUAUCACGGCCACAGUAUGAGUGACCCUGGAAUAAGCUAUCGUACUAGAGAAGAAAUCCAGGAAGUGAGAAGCAAAAGUGAUCCCAUUACUUUGCUGAAGGACAGAAUGAUCAACAAUAACCUUGCAAGCAUUGAAGAAUUAAAGGAAAUUGACGUGGCAGUGAGAAAGGAGAUAGAGGAAGCUGCUCAGUUUGCUACCACUGACCCAGAGCCACCACUGGAAGAACUAGGUAACCACAUUUACUACAAUGAACCACCCUUCGAAGUGCGUGGCCCAAACCAGUGGAUAAAGUACAAGUCUGUCAGCUAAACGCCUUUUUAUUGGGCAUAACUUAUUCAGAAGAAUAAGUGAAUGCAUUACAAGAACUGUAACGACUCAGAAAUAAACCUUAAUCUUAUUUAAAAGCUCUUUCAAAUAAGGAGGUGUUGUGUAAGGCAGUCCAUCACAGGAUGGGUUGUCUUAAACACACCUGAAUGUCAUUUUGGAAGGAGCUGCAUUAAGAGAAAGCAAUGGUUUAUUUAAAAUCGCUCUGUAUUUGCUUUACAAACUUUCCUUUGGAGUGCUGUAUGUGUCAUGUACAGUGUAAAGACAAAAAAUUAAACUUCAAUAACAUUUAA